AUGUAUCUGACUGUGUGGUUCCAGGAACAUUCCAGAGAGUCUGUUAAGUUAUCUCUAGUGCAAUUGUGGCACUUCCUAUUAGAGCUGCUGGGGCACGAUGAGGGCGGAGCUAUUGCAUGGGGCAGCGAGUGGGGAGAGUUUGUGAUCAGAGAUCCGGAGAGAUUGGCUAAACUGUGGGGGGAGAGGAAGGGCAAGCCGCACAUGAAUUACGACAAACUCAGCAGAGCUUUAAGGUAUUACUAUAAUAAGCGAAUUUUGCACAAGACCAAAGGUAAACGUUUUACCUACAAGUUUAACUUCAGCAAACUAAUCUUAGUGAAUUAUCCAAGUCUUCCAACCUGCCCACAGAUUACAGCACCCGUCCCAUUCUCAAUGUUUUCCUCUCAUUUGUCAGUCAACAAGCCUUCUGUUGACAUGGCAGAUGUGCAGCCAAUUUCUCAUCCUCUUCUCCUCCCCUACUGCUUCCCAAAACCUCUCCACUUUCCCCAGGCACAUCCGAUCCAGAGGCAGUUUCCCCUUUUUUCUGCGCCGUCUAACUCAGGGACUAACCUAUCAGAGUUCUCCUGCCUUUCACCGGUCAACCCCACCAUACAAUUUACCCAAACCUUCAAUCACUGGCCAAUUAAAAGUAACACAGAGUGGCCUCACAACAGAGUCGUUGGAUCACGAAAAGACAGAGGCAAGGCAAUGACAAAAAAUGCAUCUCCUGAGACCACUUAG